GAGGAGCUGGAGAAGUUGGCGGUGAGACAACGCGCAGCCGCCGACAUCAUCCAGCAGAAUCAGGUGGACAUCUCUUGGCUGCGGGACGGAGCCACUUUUCAAGGCUCCCGCUGCCUGUCGGAAGUACAGCGUAAGGCAGAGAUCGAGGAAAAGCUGGAAGAUCUUCAACAGCGCGUCGAAGACCUCGCCCGCCAGGCGAAGACGGAACAGCUUCGUUCAAUCAUGUUGCGC